AUGGGCAUUCACGAGCUGCGUUUAAGUUGCGUGUUACUCAUACUAGCAAUCGUAGGACCUCAGUCAGGCUUACAGCACUCAUUGCCUACAGAUCCCACGUAUAAUGCCGGUGUGGUUGAAUUUAUACCACCAGCCGGCGAGGGACAACCGAAAGCCAAAGAUGGGCUCAGACGCGUAAAAAACAUCAUCGAAUCGAAUCUCACAAGCGGUUUGGACAUACUCGUCUUUCCCGAAUAUGUGCUAAAUGACUACUCCCUAUUGACGUAUGUGCCCGAUCCGGCGCUCAAUAUUACUCCAUGUGAUGUGCCAAAUUACGACUUCAUACUCACAGAGUUGUCCUGUGCAGCGCGUUCGCGUCAGUUAUAUUUGGUGAUACAUGUGAAGGAAAAGGUCUAUUGCGCUAAUGAUCCGCUACCUGUCGGUCAUUGUAAUGUGAGUGGCAUAAAUACGUACAGCGCAAAUGUGGUGUUCGACCGGCAGGGGCGCGUCAUAUCGCGUUACCGUAAGACCAAUCUAUUUCGUUAUGAAUGGUAUAGCGUGAAUGUACUGCCACAACCGCAGCUGGCAACAUUUACUACCGAUUUCGGUGUGACUUUUGGACAUUUUAUAGGCUCAGAUUUCCUUUUCUGGCAGCCGGCGCAAAGGUUAGUCGCAGAGCUUGGCAUAACAGAUAUCAUCUAUGCAACACAUUGGUUCAAUGAACUACCCUUCCUCACAGCCGUGCAACUGCAGGAAGGUUGGUCGUACGCUAACGACGUCAACUUACUCGCGGCAGACGCCAGCGAACCCAGCGGUCAAAUCAGCGGUUCUGGUAUUUACGCAGGACGGCUGGGACGUCUGAAGGCAGUCAUAUAUGAAGAACCCACCACACAACUGCUCACAGCGAGCGUGCCCAAACACGCCUAUCGCCAAAGCUAUCAAGCGCCGCCGCUGCCACAGUCCGAUUUCGUACCGCAAGUGACCACACCGCGUCUCACCAAACUCGAUUUGCAGCGCGACUACAAUGUCGACAUUUUUAAGACGCAAUUAUUGGACGCCGAAUUCACUGCAGUGAAUGCAACCUUGUGUUACGACAAUCAGUUCUGCUGUCAUUUUGAGGCCACGCGCAUACCUAUCAGCAGUUCUCGUGUUUAUGCAGCGUACCGUUAUCGCCUUGCAGCCUACAGCGGCUCACAGGCGACGGUUCAGCGCUUGGAAACGGCUGCGCUAAAGGUGUGCGCCGUGUUCGCUUGCACCAGCGCGGAGUUGCAUAGUUGCGGUCGCAUCUUUCCAGCUGGCGUCACUGUUGGCAAUGCACAUUAUUUCAGCGCGUUGAAUGUGCGCGCCUCAUUUCCGCAGGCAGCGCGGCGUCUCAUUAUGCCGUCUAGUGUGGAUGGCAGCAUGUUGCCGCUGCCGGUGCAUAUGUAUAAAUGGCAGGAGGUGGAAAGACAUAACCUCACUGAUGUAACCAUUCGUCUGUUGACGCCGAAGCUGGAUCUGCUCACUUUCGGCAUUUGGAGCAAUUACUUUUUGGACAAAGUGAGUCAACACAAUUUGGAUCCUAUAUUGCUGUCGGCGCAGCAAAGCAGCGGAGCGGCAACCGCUGAAGCCAAUAUGGAGUUGUAA